AUGUCAUUUUUUCGUAUGAAGAGAAGAUUAAAUUUUGUGGUCAAGCGAGGAAUUGAAGAAUUAUGGGAAAAUAGUUUUCUUGAUAAUAAUGUGGAUAUGAAGAAGAAGAUAGAAUAUAGUAAAACAGGAGAUGCUUGGCCAUGCGUUUUAUUAAGGAAGAAGAGUUUUGAAGAUUUACAUAAAUUAUAUUAUAUAUGUUUAAAAGAAAAGAAUAAAUUAUUAGGAGAACAAUAUUUUCACUUACAAAAUAGUACAAAAAUGUUACAACAUGGAAGAUUAAAAAAAGUUAAAUUAACAAUGAAAAGAAUUUUGACUGUUUUAUCAAGAAGAGCUAUUCAUGAUCAAUGUUUAAGAGCAAAGGACAUGUUAAAAAAACAAGAAGAAAGAGAAUUUUAUGAAAUACAGAAAUUUAAAUUAAAUGAACAAUUAUUAUGUUUAAAACAUAAAAUGAAUAUUUUAAAAAAAUAUAAUUCUUUUUCACUCGAACAAAUUUCUUUAACUUUUUCUAUAAAAAAAAUAGAAAACAAAAUACAACAAAUUGAUAUUAUACUUAAUCCUUUAAGAAAAGAAACUAUGUACUUAUUAAUUCCACAUUUUAAAUACCAAAGGAAAUAUUCCGAUUUACCAGGUUUUAUAUCAUGGAAAAAACAAAAUAUAAUUGCCCUAAGAAAUAAUAUGAGUAAAUUACACAGGCUAUAUUGA